AAUCAUCCAAAAACUCAUUUUAAUCUUAAAUGAAAUCUAGUUAAUCUGACAGCAUUGAAGAAGAAUCAGGUAAUUGGAAUCUUUCUAGUCCUCAAGGGCCAUAAAUUUCUUUAAGAAAUACGUUUGCAAAUAAUUAACCUGAUUCCUCUGUUCACUCAUAUGAAUCUGAGAGAAUUUAAGGAAAAUCAGAAGAAUAAAAAUAAUAAUUCACAAUUGAAUUUAACCCAGAUGCUUAACCUAUUAUCAAGAGAACUAUUAUAAGAACCAAUCCUUUAUAAAAAUUGCACCAGAUAGCUGCGAAAAACAGAUUGGUCAAAUAAUUCAAAUAAAAUCUCUUCAUGAAUUCAUAUAUAUUGUCAAAAGACUAUUAGUAACAAUUGAUUUUAUUUAAAUAGAGACAAAAUUUUGUAGUUUGAAUAACUUUCAUAAAAUAAAAAUUUGGAUUACUUAAUCAGUAAAACUUAGAAUUCAAUUUUACCGGUUUUGGAGGCCUAUAGUAACUUAAUGAAAGUAUGGGAUGUUAUAAUGAUUCUCUAAUAAUUAAUAAAAUUAUGGUUUCUACCCUUUAUAAUAAGUUUUUACGGAUUUGAUUCGAAUAUCUACGUAAUAAGAGAAUUUUUGAUCUUUAUGACAGUAUUAGAUAUUAUUGUUUCAAUGAACAGAGAGAUAUUUUAUAAGGGAAGUUACAUUGGAAAUCGUCGAUAAAUUUUUCGACAGUAUACAAAAAAUGGAUUAAUUGGAGAUAUAAUUUAAUUAAUUACUUGGUUUUGUUUCUUAUUUAUUUACUAAAAUAUAGAAUAUAAAGCCUACUUAAUUUUACUAGGAAUUCUAAUGGUAGUUUGUUGUAUCAAAUCUCUAUUAAGAAAAACUGAAUAUUACAUUGAUAGUUAUUACAAUAAAGGGAAUCUUAGUAAUUUUUUGGAUUUAUUUAUAUUGAUCCUAUAGAUUUAUUUUGUAGCACAUUAUAUGGCAUGUAUUUGGCAUUUUGUUGGGCAAAUGGGCAUUUAAGUUGAAAAGGCAACUUGGCUUAGUGAAUACGGGUUUCUCGAAGAAUCCAUCACUACCAAAUACAAUUAUUCUUUUUAUUGGGCCACUAUGACAAUGGCUACUGUGGGAUAUGGAGAUAUUACUGGUAGAAAUAAUUAUGAAAUACUGGUAUCUAACAUUAUGAUGAUCCUUUCAAGUUGCAUAUUUGCAUAUUCAAUGAACUCAAUUGGGAAUAUAUUAAAAAGCAUAAAUGAUUCCAAGUUGAAUUACAGGUAUCAAUAAACAAUAAAUCUUAGGAGGAUGAUAUCAUCAAUUAAUAAUUACAUGCAAAAAAACUAAGUUGAUCACUAAGUCUAAGGAAAAGUGAGGAAUUAUAUUAAAUACUUAAACUAAAAAGAACAAGACUCUACUGAGGAUUUUGAAAGUUCAGUUUCUUAUUUACCAAAAGGUUUAUAAACAGAAAUGAAAGAAGACAUUGCAUAAAAAAUUAUUCAAAAAAUAAAGAUUUUAUAAUAAAACUUUUCUCAUUCCACUUUAAAUUUGUUAGUUUAGCAUCUUAAGAUUUAAAACUACGCUCCUGGGGAAUAUAUAUAUCACUAACAUGAACAAUAAUAUUGUUUUUGUUAUGUGAAUUAAGGAGAGGUUUAAAUUAACGAAGAGCAAUCGUAAACUCAAAUAUAAGUACUAAAGCAAAAUAGUAGUUUUAAUGAGUAUUCAUUUUUCACAGAAUAAGUAACUAAGAGUAAUGCUUUGAGUGUAGGAUUUACAUAAAUUGUAAAAAUUGAUAGACGAGCAUUUCUAACUCUCCUAAAGGAAAAUUAAAAAGACUUAGAAUAAUUUUAUAAUAUUAAAGACACUAUGCUAUUGUAUUAAGAUUAUUCUUUACUUUAGAAAAAAUGCUUUUAUUGUGGAUACAUUAAACAUGAAACUAUUGAUUGUCCAUUAUUAACAUAUCAACCUAAAAAGAUGAGUGUAAUUCAAAAAUAUUGUAAAUCUUCUUAAUUGCAAUCUAGAAAGUAUAUCUAAAGGCAUUAUCAUUAUAUUCCGUCAAGAUAGCAGUACUAAGAAAUUAAAAAUACAAUUUCACAUGCACGAGAGUAUUAUUUUUCAGAUUUAUUAAUGAAUGACUCUCAACAAUUUAAUAAAAUACAAUUAUUAUAAAAAGAUGAAGGUCCUCCAGAUACGAACAUGAAUGAGAUCAUUUCACCUAGCCAAAAAAAAGAAGAAGCUGACUAAACUCCUUAAAAUAUAUCUAAAUCAAGACUUCCAAGCAUUUCAGCAGAUGCAAGUAAUUUGAGGAGAAUAAGUAAAUUUUAAAUUCCUUUAAUUCCAAAUCCUGAUGAAAAAAGACAGUCAAAAACUUAGCUUGACCUUUUUUAAUUUAACUUUUCUGGAUUAGAAAUUGAUUAAGUUUAGAAUUAUGAAAAAUACAUGAUUCAAAAUAAUUUAAUAAACAUUUUAAAAAGUUUCUAAAAGUACAAGAGAAAAACCAAAAUAGCAACUAGAAAAUAAAAAUUGAUUGAAUCAUUUAACAAUGAAGAUUGA